CAUGCCAUCUAUUUGCUGUGCUGUGGGCUGCAAUAACAGCAAGUCAAAUAAAGAUGGACACACAUUUUAUAACAUUCCCAAGAACAAAGAGAGGAGACAGAAAUGGAUAGCUGCAAUUAAAAGGGAUCAAUGGACGCCAACAGAACACUCCAGGCUGUGCAAUGAGCAUUUUAUUACGGGUCAGAAGAGUGAGAAUCCUUUACACCCAGACUAUGUGCCCAGUUUGUUUGCUUAUCUCAAACCUGGGGAAAGGCAAAGAAAAAUAAACAGCUACAGCAAAUUUGAGCAAACUCAAGCUGUCAAAAGAAAGAGAAGUCUGACUAAGGAUCUUGGAGUGGUGGCACCCAGAGAGAACAGCAGUCCGGUUGAUGACGAUGGAGAUACCUCGGCUCAGGAGGGUAGAGAUCAUGCUGAUCACAGUUACUGUCAAGAAGACACUGUGUAUGCUGAGAGCGGUGAAGCAUGCUCUAAUGAAGCCUGCCAAACAAUGGUGAGAAGACUGACCGAAGACUGUAAUGCACUGAGGUUAGAGGUGUAUCAUCUUAGGGAAAUGCAGCGGUAGAUGAUGACGAUGACCACAGCAAGGACCAGGAGGAUGCUCACAACAGCUCCUGAAAUCAUGCCAACCAUGGAAGGAGGAAUAAUCCGAAGUUCCAAAAAGCACUCCUCGAUUCCAACCCGGUUCCUGGCAAUGCAGUGCAGCAUCAAGCGGAAGGGGUGCAUGCAUGCUAGAGGUUUUGAGGAAGAAAUUCAGGAGUCAAUCAGUGGAAGAAAUGUCAGUGCAUGUUCUGGUGCGACCAGUUCCCCCAAAUGAGGUACCCAUUGGCCGCCAAAAUGUUCAAGAAACUGAAGAAAAUGGAGGGUCCUGCAGACACUGCAAGAAUCGUCAUGCAGCGGAUUGAGGAAGCACAGACUAGGACAGCCAAAUCCCGCCAGGUGAAGCAGACCCAAAAGAAGCUGGAGAAAAAUAUUGGGUUGUCUCUGGCUAAUCCCAAUAACCAGCUAGAUAACUCCCAGAACAUGGAAGAGGUACCCACAACAUCUGAGGAAUCAAAGGACCAAAAGAUGUAUGCUGAACUCAAACCAUGUUCUUUAGAGGAUGAAUUGGAUGAGGAGACAGCAGAUGAGGGUGACCGGUUCUCUCAGAUCAUGCCACCUUACCAGCAGCCCAAGUCCCAGGUAUUCCAUACGGUCGAGAGUGACAGCGACCCAGAGAUGGAUGAACUUGAGAACAUUCUGAUAAAUACAGAUUUCUCCCAGCUGCUGGAAAAAAGGAAAAGUCCUCCUCAGCCCCUCCCAAUACAGCAAAAGAAAAAGAUCCCUCAGAAGGCUCGCAGGAUUCAGAAAACAAAAGAGAAGAAUAGAAAGAGCAAGAGCAAGACAGGACACAAGAAAAAGAAUAGGAAGAAAGUUACAGUGACAAAGAAACUCCACUCUGGCAAACUGCUUCCUGCCAGAACUUCUACAAAGUGUCGUAGGAGAAGUUUGUGCUUUUCGCCAGAAUUCCUAGCCAUGCUCAGACUGACCUUCCAAUUUGACAUCCAGAAAAAGGGUUCACGCCUAAAAAAGACCCUAAAGCUUGCCAAAAAAAAAAGCCAUUCUUGAGGCCUUGAUAGAGGCUGAGAGGGCUGCUUCCACCUCAGGUCCCAGCGUGCCACCACCAUCAGGGAAUGCUUCCUCGGGUCCCAGCGUGCCACCACCAUCAGACCAAAACAUUGAAAACCUGCAAAAUCAACUAAAUGCGAUGAAGCAAGAGGUCAAAAUGUUAUGGAAAGAGGUGAAGUACCUCAAGGCCCGUGCUAAGGAUAAAGGUUUGCAGUCUGCUCCUUCCUCACCUCUGCCUCAGCCCUCCUCACCACCACGUUCUCCAUCAGAGCAUUCCACACCACUCCCUCCUCCUUCCCCAUCUGUGCCUGUGGAUCAAUCUCCACUCCCUCCUCUGAUCUCUCCACUGGCCUCUCCCAGCAUGACGAAGCCUUCAACACCUGGGGGGGGGACAUCAACAAGAGCUUCAAUUUCCUAAAUGAUAUCCACAAACUAAAUAGAUACCUUACAAGUCUGAAUGGCAGACUGAAGCCAACCAGUCAGGUGCAUAUGAUUUUGGACAUUGAGGCCUUCUUGAGAUUCAUGAAACUCCAUAGCUCUAGGCUCACUCCCAAAAAAAUUGCCUGCCUAAUGGAAAAGUUGUCUUUGUGGAAAAAAUGCUUAGGGCCCCGAGUUGUCAUUCAAAGACAGGAGUUCCGAAGAGUUGCUGAUAAAAGAGCGAAAAUCAUACCUCCUGAACAACUGCUGGCCUUCAUUCAACAAACCAAUGCCUUAUUGCCUGAAAAUCUGAAGGACCUAAAAGACAAUCCAGCCGAUCCAUCUCGGCUGCAUCGCGUUGUAGGUCUGUUGGUGGGGGGCAUGGUGGCAACAACAGGCCACAGAAAGUGCAUCUUCCUGGGCAUGACGGUAGGGGAUGUCGAAAAGGCAGAGGCCUACAAGGGCAGUUUUACCAUUACGGUACCCUUGCACAAAACCGUAAAGACAUUUGGGGCUGCCAAGGUCUGCAUUGGCAAAGAUCUAUUCAAGAAUCUCAAGGACUUUUCCACAUUGAGACCCAGCCUCCGUGGCUAUGACAAAGCAGAAACAUUAUUUUUCAAUUCAACAGGCCAUGAAAUGACACGAAUGGGAGUGUUUGUGGGUCGUAUGUGGGGGGAAUGCGGACUUCCAGGCACUCCAACAUUAAAGGAUAUACGGAUAGCCAUUUCAACCCAUGUAUGUUCCUAUCAACUUUACCAAAAAGCUGUUAAAAACAUUUUCUAUAUCCAUAAAGCUCUCUCUCUCUUUCU